CAUCAUGUCGAGCUGCUACUCCUGGGGGAGCAUCGGCUUCAACCCAGUAGUGCCCAUUCACAGAUUCUUCCAGGCUGCUCUGGGGUUGCAUUGUCCCGUGCACAGUGUUUUAUUAACCAUCCUGCUUAAUUUUAUAAAGUCCUCACCCUGGCUGUGGAGUGAGGAGCUGGGACUGGUGAGGGGUGGUGGAGCAGAAGGGAACUGGCCUUGUCCUCCCACCCAGCCCAGGGACCGUGUGCCCGGGGCUCCAGGCACUCCUUGACCAGCGUUUGCCUGCACGGCGCAGGGAAGCCAUCCCUUGGUGGGGGGAACCAUCCCUCAGGGGGGCUUGUGGGGGCCCGGUGCCAUGCGGGGCCUGCUGCUCUGCGGGGGCUGGCUGCUGGCCACCAGCUACCUGGUGGGGGCCACGGGCAGCUGCCAGCAGCGGUGCUGCCCGGGCAGGAAAUGCUGGGCCCCGGGCGCCCACCGGGCUCGCUGCUACUGCGAGAGGACAGGCGACUGCUGCGAGGACUACCAGGCUGCGUGCCCCCGCAGCAGUGACGUGGGCUGCGCGCUGGGGUCCUGGGGGCCGUGGAGUGGGUGCAGCUCCCCGUGCGGGGCCGGCAGCGAGCGCCCCUGGCACAGAGGGAAGCCCUGUCCCGACCUCAAGCAGUGCCGCGGGUGCCCGGGGGAGCACCCGACCUGCGGGACGGCCGAAGGUAACGCGGAUCCCACGGGGAUGCCCACCUCCCUCGGGUGUGACCCAUCCCUGGUGCUGCCAUCCCGGGGGGGCCUCUACCACGGCUAUUUCCGCCUGAUGCAGGUUAUUCAUGGCACACCUCAGCUCUUGAUGGCUUUCCCUUCCAGGACGUCUUGGGUGGCUGCCUCUGUGGUGGGGUGCCAGGGCUCAUGGGUGCAGGAGGGGCUGCAGGAGGGUUGUGUCUGCUCCCCACCAGCUCUCAUCUUCGUGUAGCAUCCCUCCUGGGAAGGUGAGCUGAGCCUCCCCAUGCCACUGCUCCUUGCUGGGGAGGUGGGGAAUUAAAUAAAAAUGUGGCGUCUUUUAUAAUUUCACCCUUCUGCAGGCUUGCUGCUUGUCCUUGGAGCUGACUUCCCACGUUUUCCAUUAUUUUUUUGAAGAACGGGAAGAAACGCCUGCUUGUAAAGAUUAAAAGUAAGGGAAUUGCGAAAGUAUGAUGAUUAAUGGUGGAAGAACAUCAUGCUGUGGUUAAAUCUGGGUGAGAAGAUGAUGCGAUGGUGACAUGGGAGGACAAUGCAAUGACGUCAUGCUCUGCUGUAACGUCGCACCAAGCAAUAAGCUGCCAUUGGUGAGCAACACGAGGACGGAGCCAGCAUCCUUCCUCUGCGCGAUCGGGCUGGCCUGACCGCAGGGAACUGUUGGGUGAGCCAUGAAGGGCGGCUUGGCUGCAUGCUGUGGUUUGCAGAGAGAAAUUAAGCGUAAGCACCCGAGUUCUGCAC